AUGCUGGUAUGGUCAUGGCUGUUACUGGUUGUCUAUGCCCUGAUCGGGGAUGCAACAGCCGCCGCUGUCCCCCCUUCACCUCCUAUAAUCGCCGAUGAGGGUCUACGAAAUGCAAACCACAUUUUCAAUGCAAUACAUUCGUCCAUGCGACAGUGGGGCUCUUCACUGAAUCAUAAUGGCAUGUCUUUGUUUUUGGCUCAAGUCCCUGCAGGCACGCAGUUCUAUCAUGGCACAGGCCGUGCUGAGCCGGUUCGGGGCAUGGAGUGGUUGGCCUUUGAGCCGGAACAUGCCGUGAAUUUUGCUAGGAGUUUUGGGGGGAAGGCUGGCGGAACACCUUUUGGAAGAACGAGAUAUGAUGGGACGGAGGGGAGACAUUCUCGCGCUUCGUCUGAAGAAGAACACGGCGAUUCGAUUGCUUCUUCGGCAGAGAGACGGGUCGAGUCUCCCUCUUCUCCAAUAGACCGUCCACUCGACUCUCGUCUCGUUCCUGCAGACACUCAAGUCGCACACCUCCCUCACCGAGACAUCCAACACCCCUUCAGGGCAAACCCUGACCAUGAACCAGAACCACCCAGGAGAAGGCCUCGUCCAACAAUGCCUGGCUGGCUGCACACCUACAAAACCAAGACUGAUUUACCGCUGCUAUACAUUGACGGCAUGUCCGCCGGCAAAUGCGACAAAGGCACCCUCGACACUCAAGACAUUCUGCUCUUGAAUGCCACAAACGAAAGCGAUGGCGUCUUUUGGGAAUACGAGCGCGCUGAACGACUAUGCCACAUGGCCAGCGAAACAUGGAACGGCAAGAUCAAAGGCUUCAUUCGCAUGGAGUCCGGGUUCGAAGUCAUCUUGUGCUCCUUCGCCGAGGAUCUGGAUUUCAUUCAGGCUGUCAGGGCGGGCCCCUUCGCUGGCGGAAAGGACAGUUCAGAUCCAGACGAUGAAUCCCCUCCCCGAUGGCACUUGUCGGAUUGGAUCCGGGCAAUCACAGCACGCUACGAUGGAAUCGGCGGAGGACGAGUCAAACUGGAUUACGACAACUUCGUCACUGCCUAUGAUUACAACCUGGAACUUUUCACACAGAACGACGGUCUGCCUAGACUCGGAAACGCGUCCGUCGGUGUCCUAGAAAAGAUCCGUGGAGAUGUGGACGCCAUGGUCCACAACUGGGAUCCCUCUCUAGCAUUUCCUUCGGUUGACUGGCAGAACAUCGCAGAUAUGGUUGUGGAACGAUACGCCAAACAGCUGAAAUAUCUGGUGUCCGGCGCAUUCACGACUUCCCAGCAACUAUCUGAUGAAUUGAGUUCGUUCCUCCGCGUCUUUGUCGACUCGGAUGCACGCAACACGACUGCUGAAGUUGGUAGGUGUGCGACACAGUUCAUUCCUCACAGCGGAGAGCUCGAAACAGUUUCAACAAGAUCCAUUCGAUCUGUCACGACGGCUAUCUGUUCGACUCUGUUUGCCGCUCUGGACGCCAAGUCAUCUUUCACAGACUCCGUGAGCAGUCUACACUCUUUGAUCGAGUAUCUGGACUGGACAGUGUGGAAGAGAUGUCCUGAGUGUCCACUCGGUCAAGUGUGCUUUAUUCCGAUCUGGCCAUUCGGUGCUGUUGAGGAUCGUGAUAAUCCGCAGUGUCGCAAUCUCACUGACUUGGAUGGUCGGAUGGGAUAUUGGGCUGGGUUUGGACCGGGACAUCCUCCUCAUAAUCGUUCAGGGACGGAUGCAUAG